GUAAGGAUAGGACUGUAAGUUCGAAGAGGGAAAUUGGGAGCGGUGGCAUGGGUAUAUAAGUGUCCAGCGCGUGGGUGAGAAGGAGAAACGCAAAGAGAAGAAGAAACAAAGAAAAAGAGAAAGAAGAAAGCUGUGCUAAUGGCGGCUACUGUGUCUGCGUGGUCAAAGCCCGGCGCCUGGGCCCUCGAUUCCGAGGAACACGAAGCCGAACUCCUUCAACAGAACCCCAACGACACCAAACCCCUCGCCGACUUCCCCUCCCUCGCCGUCGCCGCCGCCACCAAGCCCAAAAAGAAGAAGGCCCAAACCUACUCCCUCGCCGAGUUCACCGCCAAGCCCGACCUCGACCAAGAUCCCGUCGUCCUCCCCACCGGCCCCCGCCACCGCACCGCCGAGGAGCUCGCCGCCGACCGCACCCGCCUCGGUGGCGGCUACCGAAACUCCUCCGGGGGCGACGACUCCAAUUCCAGAUGGGGUUCUAGGGUUUCCGACGAGCCUCGCCGAAACGGCUCCUUCGGCUCUAGGGAUUCCAAUCGCGAGUUGCCCCCUUCACGCGCCGACGAAACCGACAAUUGGGCCGCCGCCAAGAAACCCUCCGGGGGGUUUGAGAGGAGGGAGAGGGAAAAGGGAGGGUUUUUCGAUUCGCAGUCACGCGCCGACGAAUCUGACAGCUGGGUUUCGAACAAGAGCUUCGUGCCGUCGGAGGGGCGGCGAUUUAACGGUGGAGGAGGGUUCGAGAGAGAGAGGAGGGUCGUAGGGUUCGGUUCCAGCGGCGGCGCGGAUUCCGACAACUGGAACAGGAAGAAGGGUGAGUCCAACGUUGUGAGCGAGAGCGGUGGUGUUGCUGGUACGAGGCCGAGGCUUAAUUUGCAACCUAGGACAAUGUCGGUGAGCAAUGAAGGGCAAGAUGGGAAUGUGGGAAAACCCAAAGGGGUUAAUCCCUUUGGAGAGGCACGGCCUAGGGAACAGGUUUUGGCGGAGAAAGGGCAAGAUUGGAAGAAGAUUGAUGAACAGCUUGAGAGCAUGAAGAUUAAGGAGACAACCGGUGAUGGGUUUGGGAAGAGGGGUUUUGGUUCUGCAAAUGGAGCACGUGGUGCUACUUUGCCUGAAAGUCGCACUGAGAGGAGUUGGAGGAAGCCCCAAUCUGAUGAUGAACGUCCUAAAAGUGCUGAGAAAGUGGAAGAACACGUUGAAGAAAAUUGAAGAGCGAUCAAUUACUUUUGGUCCCUGCUGAUUGAUCGAUUAGAGAGAGGAGAUGGAAAGGAACAUUGAAUAUCACAAACUUAUUUUUUGUUUCCCAUUG